CUUCGAGCUUGAAACUUCAAAUCAAAACCCUCCCAUUCCCCAAAUUAUUAGUUUUUGAUUCUAUUAACAAUCCGUACACAUCUCCCUACCUAUCUCUCUCUCCAAUUGCGUUCUGCCCUCUCUUUCUUUCUCUCCUCUUUUCUCUUAAUCCAAUUAGAAUUAGGAUUAGAAUCAGAGCUCCCUUCAAUCUAAUAGGCCAUACUCUUUUUAUCUCUUUGAAUUUUCUUUUAUUUUCAAACACUUUGAGAAUUCUCUCCUUUGCUAAUCUGAGUCUUCUGGCGGGAACUCAAACAGCUGGCGGGAAGGAACCAGCGUUUUCCUCUGGGAAUUCUGGGUUUUUUUUGUUUCCAUUAUUUAUUCUGUAAUAACCCAAGGAAAGGUGAAUUUUGAAGCUACACUGAUGGCGAACCCACCGGGGAACCAUCAACAAGAAGCGAAUCACGCGUCGUCUUCUUUCAAUGGAGGAAACUUGAGCAACGGGAGUACCAUACCCGACAGCUCGGGGUCGGGUAUGAAGCAUAACCCCGGUAUUGCCUUGGAUUGGACCUUAGAGGAGCAAGCUAUGCUCGAAGAAGGGUUAAAAAAAUUUGCAUUAGAAUCGAGCAUAAUUCGUUACGCAAAGAUAGCUAUGCAGUUGCAAAAUAAGACAGUCCGAGAUGUGGCUUUGCGUUGCAGAUGGAUGACUAAAAAGGAAAAUAGCAAGAGAAGGAAGGAAGACCACAAUUUGGCCAGGAAAAGUAAAGACAAAAAGGAAAGAGUUGCUGAUCCUUCAACAAAGCCUGCUCAUUUUGCAGCUCAACCUAAUGUUUCUCCAUAUGCACCCCCAAUGAUUCCAAUGGACUAUGAUGAUGGUAUUCAGAACAAAGCCAUUGGUGGUGCAACAGGAGAACUUCUGGAGCAGAAUGCCCAAGCCUUCAAUCAAAUAUCUGCAAAUCUUGCAGCUUUCCAGAUACAGGAAAAUAUUGGUCUCCUCUGCCAAACUCGUGACAACAUUUUCAAAAUCAUGAAUGACUUGAAUGACAUGCCAGAUAUAAUGAAGCAGAUGCCACCACUUCCGGUGAAAGUGAAUGAUGAGCUAGCUAGCACCAUCCUACCACGUUCAACCCAUAUGAUGCAAUCAUGAUGCUGCCUGCGACUCAUCGAAGUCUCCUGAUUAGUUUCUGCGUAACAGUGCAUGGGACGAGUCUAUGCUCCUGCCUCAAACCUGAACAAGAAAAUAGCUGUGGAUGAGGUUGACCCGCCUUUUACCAUUUGAAAUAAAUUCUCUUCCUUCCUUGUAUGUAGAGGCUUAGUAGCUUCGUGGUUCCUUUUGCUUUCUGUACUCAAUAGUUUGUUUCUUAGCUGAUACUGUAGGAGGUGAUUUAGGGCUUGUAUAGGGGGACAUAUACAUUAGAAAAGAGUUAAAAUAUCAAUUUUAAUUCUUUGUUUCGAUA